AUGGAUACCCUCUUCUUUCUUAGCCUGGUGAUGUGGUGCCUUUUCCCCGUCCUGGCCGUCGUGCUCGUUCUCGUCUUGAAGAAAAAGAAGAUCAGGAGGAAGAAGCUGGCUCACCGCAAGCAGCAAGUGAUGUCCAACGAGUACCGCACCGCCACCGAGCCGGCCACUGAUCUGAACAUCUCCUCGAACAAACCCGCGCCCAAGCUCCCAUCUCCACCUUGU